AUGUCUCGUCUAAUGUCCUUCUUCUCUUCGGACGAUCCGGUCCCUGAAGCUAUUGAGUCACACCCUCUCAACAAGCUUCCUCCGACCACAGCCCAUACAUACCCACCUGCGAGUGGUACAUUGGCUAGUCCAGUCAUUUCCUCUAGCAAGGAGUGUCUGAUGGAGUUAGAUAAUCCUUGGCAGUCUGUCCGUAGGGUGAGAGAUGACGACAAGCAGCGGCCAAAUAAAGUCUUUCUCAAGGAAGUCGAUCAGUCGUUCAAGCUGCGUGAAGAUGUGCGCGAGCUACAUUUUAGCAACCAUAAUCUUCUACUCCGGAAACGCAACACGCAGGUCACCUCGAACGUUCGCGAAUCAGAUAUGCAGUUGGCCAUUGCACAGUAUCAGCAACAGAACCAAUCUCUUCAGCGUGACAAUGCUAAUGCCCUCGCCUCCUUGGACCAGAACCAUCGUAAAGAAGUAGCAGAGCUUCAGAACAAUAUGGCACUUGGUCUUCAUAAAGCCCAAAACAAGGGCCGCGCUGAAAUAGAACACUUAUUGGUGGAGAAAGAGGUUCAAUUUGAACGCGAAAUGUGUUUAGCAAGAGAUAGGUUUUUGGCCGACAAUGAAGCUGAAUUAACCUGCUUGGAUGCCAAGUAUAGUUCCAAGAUUAAUUCAUUGGAUAGUCAAAUUCGACAUGCCAACACUGCAUCACCUGCGUCAACACCUGCCUGGCGGCAUCUCAUGGGCAAAAAACCUGUGGCUACAUGUACCAACAUCAUUGGAUUUUCACCAAUUUCUGAUUCCAGUUCAGAAUCUGAUGCAGACGAGGAACUCCAGAUGGAUAGUAGUAUGCCCCUGACUUCACUCUUAGGAGACGUCCCGAUUGGGAAUGCGACUGUCAGCAUGCUUGCUGAGGCACUCGCAAAGGUUCUUCAGAAUUCUCAAACAACGUCUCCCCGGGGACCUCGCUCAGGACACAAACAGCCUAAACCCCCUGUCGAAAGUUUUACUGAUACCCAGUGCCGGGAUAACAAGGCAAAUGUCCGAGAAUUGUUCAAAAUUGCAUUCCAUGCCACAAAAGACGAAGAGUAUAUGCUUCAUGUGCCGGCGUCGCGUGAAGCCAUAUUGUCUUUCACACAUGGAAUGGGCACAGGUCCUGACCCACUUGCAAUGCAAUGGGAUAUGGCGACUACAUACAGGUCCGAGUGGAACCAAAAAGUCAUUGAUUUACUCUGCACCCAGUAUACAACUUUGCAAGCGAUCAACCAAUGGUCUAGGCGAUCUCCUCAAUCAAUCAAAGAUGAUAUCAUAACGAAAUUCAGUCAAUGCCGCAGGUGUUGGAGAAAGGCUCAGCCUCUCAGCCUCAGCGACGGUACUCGUGAGACCAUGCAACAAGGCGACGUCACGUUGACACUACUGAGUGAUAGGAAUGCGACAGGGAAGGAUGAUAAGGCUGUGUGGGCGUAUCUACAAUCUAUUGUGGAGAAUCUUGGCAAAGAUGGCAUGAGCUCUGACGAGAGUGAGCACGAAGAUGGAGAUCUUCAGGUCUUUCAUCAGAAGAGUAUGCCAUGGAGGGCAGAUUUCAGUCAUGAGAUGCAGAUUAUUGACCAACAGCAUUUGACAGGCUGUGAUUCUAAGGAUCUGUUGAGGAUUACCAGUGCAAAUGCCUCUGCAAGGUUGAGUCCUGAGUGUGAUUUUGUGACCUCAACAAUAUCAAGGAGCAUCGCAAGUGGCUUGCUCUCAUACUCGAGAUGGACCAUGAUUGCCACAAAGGCUUUGUGGCUUUGGGAUGUCCAAGCAUCCAUCAUGAAGUUGAUGUCACCGUCCUUCACAUCUCAAGAGACUAUUGGUGGUGAUGGGAUAUGGUAUUCUGGCCUUCUGGCCUUCAUCAGUGCCUGA